AUGGGCAACUGCCAGGCGGCGGAGGCGGCGACGGUGGUGGUGCAGCACCCGGGCGGCCGCGUCCAGCGCCUCUACUGGGCCACCAGCGCCGCCGAGGUCAUGCGCGCCAACCCGGGCCACUACGUCGCGCUCGUCACGCACCGCGCGGACGCCGUCGCCGACGACGAGAAGCGGUCCCAGCAGGGGGAGCAGCAGCACAGGCACGGCGCCGCUCGCGUCACGCGGGUGAAGCUGCUCAAGCCCCGGGACACGCUGGUGCUCGGCCAGGCGUACCGCCUCAUCACCGUCGCCGAGGUCACCAAGGCGCUGCAGGCCAAGAAGGAGGAGAAGACCCGGAUGGCGCAGCAGCAGCUGCUGCAGCACGUGGUAGUUCAGCCGAAGCACGCCGGUGGGAGGACGAGCUCCGGUGAUGACUCGCAGCCGCAGCAGGUGGUGGAUGACAGCCUUGAUCAGUCUCAAUUUUUCCCUAUGACUAUGACUACACAAGUCCACUACGGAUUUUCCUUCCUGCCACAAAUUAUGUUUUGUUUGACUGAUAUAAAUAAGAGUAGGUGA